GGAGAGGGCUGAGAAGUUCCUCAUGACUCAGUAAUCUCAGCCUGCUGAGGGGACGGCACCCUGGCCAAAGCAGCUGUCAGCUCCUCGAGGCAGGUCGUGGCAUCGGCUGGACCCCAGGAAGAGCUGUGGAACCUGGGAGGGAAAAGACUGCCCACAGGGACGAAGACAGGGUGCCCAGAGCCUAUUUCCCGUGGACGCCCAGAGCAUGGCCGAGGAGAGGGGCCUGUUCCGCGUGAUUCCCGAGGAAGAACAGGAACUCCGAGCCCAGCUGGAGCGGCUCAGCCCCAAGGACCACGGGCCUGUCUUUGGUCCCUGCCACAAGCUUCCCCGCCAUACCCUGCAAAAGGCCAAGGAUGAGCUGAACGAGCAGGAGGAGAAGCGGGCAGAGGCAGUGCGAGCGCUGCAGGAAAUGGUCCAGGCGCAGGCGGCCACAGGGCAGGAGCUGGCCGUGGCCGUGGCUGACAGAGUGCGGGACUGGGCCAGUGCUUCCUUCCUGCGCUUCAUCCGUGCACGCAAGUUCAAUGUGGGCCGUGCCUAUGAGCUGCUCCAAGGUUAUGUCCAGUUUCGCCUGCAGUAUCCAGAGCUUUUCCAGAACCUGAAUCCUGAGGCUGUCCGUUGUACCAUCGAGGCUGGCUACCCUGGGGUUCUCUCCAGCCGGGACAAGGAGGGCAGGGUGGUCUUGAUUUUCAACAUCGAGAACUGGGACAGUGAAGAGAUCACUUUUGAUGAGAUCCUGCAGGCCUAUUGCUUCAUCCUGGAGAAACUUCUGGAGAAUGAGGAGACACAGAUCAAUGGCUUCUGCAUCGUGGAGAACUUCAGGGGCUUCACCUUGCAGCAGGCGGCGGGGCUGCGCACCACCGACCUCAAGAAGAUGGUGGACAUGCUCCAGGGCUCCUUCCCCGCCCGCUUCAAAGCCGUCCACUUCAUCCACCAACCCUGGUACUUCGCCACCACCUACAACCUGGUGAAGCCACUGCUGAAGAGCAAGCUGCUCCAGCGGGUCUUUGUCCAUGGAGAGGAUCUGUCCAGCUUCUUCCAGGAUAUCGACAAGGACAUCCUGCCAGAGGACUUUGGGGGCACGCUGCCCAAGUACGAUGGCAGUGUGGUGGCCGAGCAGCUCUUCGGGCCUCAAGCCAUAGUGGAGAACACAGCCCUCUAGGGCACCCCAUAGCCUGCACCCUGCUUCUGGGCCAGCACCCUGGCUCCCUCCCCAGAGUCCUAGCCCCGGAGGGGUGAGGGUCCUGCCCAAACUCCCUAAGGGUUACCUGGUCCCAAGCGGUGGGCAGUACAGUGUGGGGUGGGGGUGGGGCUCCCAGCCCUGGAAGACUGAGGGUUGCAUUCCUGAGAUUGUAGUCAGGCUUCUCAGGGUUUCCUUUAGCACAACACUUGGCUAUUUAGGGUCCCAAGGCUGCCCCCAGACAAUAAACAGGAGACAAAAGAAGGGUCUGUCAGAGCUAGUGAGGGGCUCCCUGCAAUUUUGUGGUGGCUGGUGGCAGGUGAGGGGGAUGCACAUGAAUGUGGGGUGGUUUGAGGGUGCUGGUUUGGUGAGCCUGAGGGGGAUGAGAGCUGGGCACCUCCCUUGUCCGAGGGGUCUCCUGCACUGAACACUCCUGACUCGGAAUCACCCCCAACCCAGUACUGUUGCAAUGUAAUCUGAGUGCUUGAAUCCCAGGGCGCUGACCCCCUCAAAGCUGCUUUCAGUAAAGAGAUUAGAAAUA